CUUCCUCCUCCUCUUUCUGCUGGGAGCCUGCCUUUGCUUGUCUUCUUUGCAGGCUCUGUGGCUGUAGCACUGGCUAAGCGGGCACCAUGGCUUCCCAGAAUGAGCUCUUUGAUGCCCUUGUGAUCGGGGCAGGUAUCCAGGGCUGCUUCACUGCCUACCACCUGGCCAAACACAGGAAGAAGGUCCUCCUGCUGGAGCAGUUCUUUCUGCCACACUCCCGAGGCAGCUCCCAUGGACAGAGCCGGAUUAUCCGAAGGGCAUACCCCGAGGACUUUUACACCCGGAUGAUGGAGGAGUGCUACCACAUAUGGGCCCAGCUGGAGCAUGAAGCUGGAACCCAACUACACAGGCAGACUGGACUACUGCUGCUAGCAAUGAAGGAGAACCCAGAAUUUCAGACGAUCCAGACUACUCUGUCUAGUCAGGGAGUGGAACACCAGUAUCUUCCAUCUGAGGAACUGAAGCAGCGUUUCCCAAAUAUUCGGUUGGCCAGGGGAGAAGUGGGGCUUCUGGACAAGUCGGGAGGAGUGCUCUAUGCAGACAAGGCCCUCAGAGUCCUCCAGGACAUAAUUCGACAGCUGGGAGGAAGGGUGCAAGAUGGAGAGAAAGUGAUAGAGAUUAAACCAGGGCUCCCAGUCAUGGUGCAAACCACCUCCAGAAGCUACCAAGCCAAGAGCUUGAUCAUCACAGCAGGUCCUUGGACCAACCAACUCCUCCAUCCCCUGGGGAUCCAGUUACCUCUCCAGACCCUGAGGAUCAACGUGUGUUACUGGCGAGAGAAGGUUCCUGGAUGCUAUGGUGUGUCCCAGGCCUUUCCGUGCUUCCUGGGCCUGGACCUCAGCCUGGCUGCCCACCACGUCUAUGGGCUGCCCACAGGAGAGUACCCAGGGCUGAUGAAGGUCUGCUAUCACCACGGCAACAAAGCAGAUCCAGAGGAACGGGACUGCCCCUCCGCAUUCUCAGAUAGCCAAGACGUCCAGAUCCUGUGCCGCUUUGUCAGAGAUCACUUACCUGACCUAGAGCCCACACCUGCUAUCAUGGAGCGCUGCAUGUACACGAACACCCCUGACAAACACUUCAUUCUUGAUCGCCAUCCAAAGUACGACAACAUUGUCAUUGGGGCUGGAUUCUCUGGCCAUGGAUUCAAGCUGUCCCCUGUCGUAGGGAAGAUCCUAUAUGAAUUAAGUAUGAAAUUAACACCAUCCUAUGACUUGACACCUUUUCGAAUCAGCCGCUUCUCGGGCCUAGGCAAAGCCCACCUUUGACCCCUGGCCAGCAGCCUCCCUUCCCUGCACUGGAGCUGGGAAUAAAGCUCUGUGCUGGGGAAGACUUCUCAGAUGAAGGCAGGGGCCACGGGAGCCUUUCUCCUGCCUCUCUUGAGUCCUCCCAAACACCUGACGA